CCGUAAAUGCGCUCCACAGUCUGUGAUUCUCUUGGUGCGGAGCCCCGCACUCGGUGAGGUGUUCGACCCAACACCUCCGCUGACCCUCCAUUUACACAUGCAGCCAUCCGUUGGCCUCUUCAUCGAGCACCCCAAGAGCAGCUGGAAGGCUAUCUACACAGUGUGAGACACCCGGCUUGGAGUGCUCUGCAAGUGGAUCCCGUGCACCAUCCCAGGAAAACGAAGCAAACAAUGGCAGGACAAAAGAACAGCGACUCCGAGGAGUCCGGCAACCUCCUGCAGAUGCUGAUGGACCAGGCGGCGGACCUUGAGUUGGUCAGCACCAAUGGAGGCACGGACCCCAAGGAUCUGAUCGUCGACGGAUUCGAGAUCUCCAAGCUGUUUGCCGUCAUUGAGUAUGCAUUCCAAAAUGCCAAUGAUAAAGAAGGUCUGCUUGAGGGACUGGACAUGAUGAACAGGGAACAGGCCGUCAAGGCCGUUAACGGCACCUUCCUCUUCGAAGUGAUCUCAUCGGGCAACAAGUCCAAGCCGGUGCGCUACAUUGUCGACAUGCGACACAACGGGACCAUUAAGCGCGUCCCCGAUGGAACGGACGUCAAGGGCCUCAAACCCAAGCCGGACGUCACGCUGCGCGUCGCGGACAAAGACAUGGUCGCUCUCGCCACGGGCAAGAUGAACCCGCAGAUGGCGUUCAUGAAGGGUCGCAUUAAGGUCAAGGGAAACGUCAUGCUCGGCUUAAGGAUGCAGACGGUCCUUAUGAAGGAGGUCGCCAAGAUGGGGCGCCAAAGCAAGCUCUAAAGAAUCGAUACUAACUGAGGUACUAACAAACUGUCGCAAAUGAAAGAGCAAGGAGACGACGGAGGGAUGUACAUUCGCGUCCGCAUCAUCGCUUUGAUGCAUUGGUGAAGGAGGGAAGCAAGGAAGGAAAGAAUUGUAGAAUGCACUCGGCCGAUCCGGUUCGACAUCUCCCGAAAAUCUGUUGUACAAAUGUAGGAGGACACAAGCAUCAUGUGGAGCCUGAAAGUCGGAAUUAUGUACCAUGACUGCGACGCAUCCUGAGCAUGUCGGAG